AUGGCAGCAGCCGACGAGGAGCUGCUGCUGCCGCCGCCGCCGCCGCCGCCGCCUCCGCCGCGGCUCCCGGAGCUGUUGGAAACCAGCCAGCGGCUUCUGGACGAGGUGGAAGUGGCGUCCGAGCCCACGGGCUCGCGGGCCGUCCAGGACAAGGUGCGGCGGGGCCUCGCGCUCCUGCAGCAGGCGGCCGACAUGCUGGCGCAGCUCGACCUGUUCCGGCGGCACGAGGCUCUCGAGGACAUCGCCUCCGCCGACCUCAAGUACCUGGCCGUGCCCGCGUUCCAGGGCGCGCUGGCCAUGAGGCAGGUCCAGCCCAGCCGGCGCCGCGAUCACCUGCAGCGGGCGCGGGAGCACUUCGUCACCUACCUCACCCAGUGCCGCUACUACCGGGUGGCGGACUUCGAGCUGCCGCCGCCCCGCCCCGCCGCCGAGAGCCCGCCCGCGCGCCCGGCCCCGGCCGAGCCCAGCCUGCUCACCAUGGCGUCCCGGCGGCAGGCAAAGAUCCAGCGCUACCGGCGGCGGGAGGAGGUGGAGGGCCGGCUGGCGGCACUCAAGGCGGCCGUGGAGGGCGGCCGGGCCGACGACGAGCGCGUGCGCGAGUACUACGUCCUCCACCUCCGACGGUGGGUCGGCAUCAGCCUGGAAGAGAUCGAGGGCAUCGACCGGGAGCUCAGCAUCCUCCGAGAAAACGACCCUUCCCGGGAGGCGGCGGCGGCGGCGACGACGACGAUGACGACGCCGCCGCCUCGGUCGCCGCCGCCGCCCACCAGGCCUCCGAUGAAACCCUUGGUUCUCGCUCGGAAUGUCGCCCAGGCCCGAGUGUUCGGCGCCGGCUACCCCAGCCUGGCGUCCAUGACGGUGAACGAGUGGUACGAGCAGCAUCGCAGGUGCGGGGCGCUGCCGGGGCCGGGCCGGGCCCACGCCGCGCCGCCGCCGCCGCCGCCGCCCGGGCGCCCGGAGGGAGAGCGGGAAGGAAGGGACGACGGCGGCGAGGACGAGGCGCAGACACGCCGCCGAGCGCGGGAGUGGGACGACUGGAAGGACACCCACCCGAAGGGCUACGGCAACCGGCACAACAUGGGCUAG